AUGGCGUCGUCCUUGGUUAAACAAGAGUUGCCACCUAAAGGUGGUUACCCUGCUAUAGAAUACUCCAGAAACCUUCCGAAAAGAGGUCCCUCUGGAUUAAUGAUAUUUAUUGGUGGUGCUGCUGUGAUGGCGUUUGGUUUUUAUCACGUUAUCAAGGGAAAUAGGCGACGCUGGUGAGUUAGUAUAGGUUGCUCGAUCAAAUAUAAGAUUCCAAGUCUUGGUAAAUAUUAGGCGAUCUUAAAUUGGUUUUUGCCUUUACACGAGCUUUGUAUAAGGGCCUAAUUGUCUUAAGUAAAAUUUUCGUUUCAGAGUUAAACAUCUUGUACUUUCUUACGUUGAAAGUUGCGUGUUAUUGAACUAGUGCAGUUGAGACUAUAAAGUAAAAGAGAUGAUGAACGAUCGUGUUACUAAAUGCUAAAAUGGUACUAGCUGUAGCUAGUUUGGUAGCCUAAAAUAGCCUGACAGCAUGGUCUUUAUUUCAUAAUUCUUUCUUUUCAGUGAACUCAUGACAGAAAAAAUGAAUGCAAGAAUUGGAAUACUUCCACUUCUGCAAGCUGAACAUGAUAGAAAGUAUGUAUUUUUACUUGUGUGACCUGUAUAGCUGUCAGAUGGACUAAAAUUUUGCUGGACUCAACACCUUUGCCACUGGAGAUCUAAAUCUGGAGACCCUUUCUUUUGCAGUACUUGCUCCCCCAAUAUCGCUCUUCUACUUUGUCUACCGGACUCCGAUGGAGUAAAAAAAAUACCUCUGUGUCUCUGUUUAGGGGUUUGAUAUGUUUGAUGUUGUUUCAUGGUUUUUUCUUUUUUUCUACGUCAUAUAUGUCCAGCACAUGAGAUAAAUACGUAAAUCUGCCCCCUCCCCCCUCUGAUGUAGUGAACCAUACGUGAGGCUGGGAUAUUUGGGUCAUAUCCUGGAGAGUUGGCAUAUGUGUAACUUAGGAUGACCUAGGAUGGGUUCAGAUGCGAAAUUUUCCAUGGGCUGAGGCUAAUGCCUUAAAUUAUUUCCUUAUCUGGAAUGGCUAACAAAUUCUUGCUAGUUGGCUCUGCUGCGUUGAUCAUUUUUGAAUGGCUUUCAAUCAGAUGUUAUUUAAACUUUUCAUGCAGAGCCUAAUGCAUAAGUUAUUUUUAAAAACAUAUUUGGUUCAUUUAAAUUAAAAUAUUUUUACAUAGCCCUAAUUUGAUUCUGGUUUGGCUCAUGGAAAGUUUGGUUUCUAAACUGUCUUAGGAAAGAAUGUGGUACUGUGUAAUUAUCACCUACAUAUGUAAGUUCGCCCUUAAUUUGAAGAUUAUAUAUUGAGUGGUGAAGUAAUCUUAAUACUGAAUCUUGUGCAUAAACAUGCAGAUUGUUUUCUAGUUGUGCUGAUUGAUUACUUUGUAGCUUAUGAGAACAAAGCAUGAAUUGGAAGGAUUGUGAGUUUUGCAGACGUAGUUAUAAUGUUUUUAAGUAUAAAAUUUUUGUUACUAGAUGUUUGCGAGCACUAAAAGAAAAUGAAGAACUUGAAGCACAAAUUAUGAAAGACGUGCCAGGGUGGAAGGUUGGAGAGAGUGUUUACCACACAGACAAGUGGGUUACACCUAUUGCUGUACAAGUUAAUAAGCUUUAACCAGAGUAAAGGAUUGGAGCUAGCAGACGCAGAAUAACCACUGUGGAUGUGCUAUUGAUGAGUGAGAAAUUUACAGUUUUUGCAUGUUGUAGAAAGUUUAACCCACAACUUAUAAUAAGUACUUGUGG